GGUCACACAAGAUGGCGGCGCCCAAGAGCCGCUGAGGCGUGAAGCGGGGGAUGGCGUUGACGACGCUGGCGUCCGGGGCUCGUCUGGCACGGCGGCUGAGCGGGCCCGGGCUGGUGCGAGGGCACUGGACGGCGGCCAGGCGCUCGCGGAGCAGGCGUGAGGCGGCAGAGGCCGAGGCGGACGCGCCCGUGUUCCAGUACGUGGGUGAGCGCGCGGCCCGGGUCGACCGCAUCUUCGUGUGGGGAUUCAGCUUCUCGGGGGCUCUGGGCGUGCCCACCUUUGUGCUGCCCGGCUCUGGGCCGCAGCCCCGCGCCGGCUCGCGGUCACGCCGCAGGAUCCAGCCCGUGCCCUACCGCCUGGAGCUGGAUCAAAAGAUUUCAUCUGCUGCCUGUGGCUAUGGAUUCACAUUGCUGUCCUCUAAAACCAAAGAUGUUACAAAAGUUUGGGGUAUGGGACUCAACAAAGAUUCUCAGCUUGGAUUUCACAGGAGCCGGAAAGAUAAAACUAGAGGCUACGAGUAUGUUUUGGAGCCCUCUCCUGUCCCACUGCCUCUGGACAAACCUCAGGAGACAAAGGUGCUGCAGGUCUCCUGUGGCAGAGCACACUCUCUCGUCCUGACAGACAGCGAAGGAGUUUUCAGCAUGGGAAACAACUCUUAUGGGCAGUGUGGAAGAAAGGUGGUGGAAAAUGAAAUUUACAGCGAAAGUCACAAAAUCCAUAGAAUGCAGGACUUCGAUGGACAGGUGGUCCAGGUUGCCUGUGGUCAGGAUCAUAGUCUGUUCCUAACGGAUAAAGGAGAAGUCUAUUCUUGUGGAUGGGGCGCUGAUGGGCAAACAGGUCUGGGUCACUACAAUAUCACCAGUGAACCCACCAAGCUGGGUGGAGACCUUGCUGGAGUGAGCGUGGUCCAGGUCACCACCUACGGAGAUUGCUGUCUGGCUGUGUCUGCUGAUGGAGGCCUCUUUGGUUGGGGAAACUCUGAGUACCUGCAGCUGGCCUCUGUCACUGACUCCACACAGGUGAACGUCCCCCGGUGCUUACCCUUCUCAGCGGUGGGCAAGGUAAAAGAAGCUGCGUGUGGUGGUACAGGCUGUGCGGUGUUAAAUGGAAAAGGACAUGUUUUCGUCUGGGGCUAUGGAAUUCUUGGGAAAGGACCAAACCUAGUGGAAACUGCUCUUCCAGAAAUGAUUCCACCCACUCUCUUUGGCUUGACAGAGUUCAAUCCAGAAGUCCAGGUUUCCCGCAUUCGAUGUGGGCUCAGCCACUUUGCUGCACUUACCAACAAAGGAGAGUUGUUUGUGUGGGGCAAGAACAUCCGAGGGUGCCUGGGAAUUGGUCGCCUGGAAGACCAGUUUUUCCCCUGGAGGGUGACGAUGCCUGGGGAGCCUGUGGAUGUGGCGUGUGGCGUGGAUCACAUGGUGACCCUGGCCAAGUCAUUCAUCUGAAUCUCCUCUCUGACCUGUGCAAGUCUGGUCCUGGCCUUGGUGCCACUUGUACUGCUCAGCAGAGGCAGGUUCUUGCACGGUGGUCCAGGAGCAUCAGGAUUCUUUGUAGAGUGUGGUGCUUGCCCCUGAAUCCCUUCACAUGGACAUACUGAGUGUCUCGGGGUUGUGGUCCCAUCUCCAGUGAAGAAAGAGACCUGCUGCGUUUAACACAGGACGGCUGCCCUCAGCGGGCUGAGCUCCCGAGGAGUCCCAGGGCUGUUGAGGCCCAGGAAGGGGAGGGUGCAGAUAAUUCCCACAUUUCGACUCUGUCCAAGUAACAUGUGGGUGGCUUCUGGUGUCAUGUCUGGCCCAAGAAACUGGUCUUAGAAAAGUUCAUCUCUCAUGGCGUGCCAUUUUAUUCGAUCCUCAAAGGUGGCCGACAACAUGCAGUGAUCAGGAGGGCCUCCGUCUCCCUCUGUUGUGGCAGGUCUCUGGGUGUGCGUCUGGGCAGGCUGUGCGCAGGUCUCCAGCUGAGCAAGCAGCCUGAAGUACCUUGCGCUUACCCCACGUGCAGCCAUCAGCAUGUGCCAGCCGCCACCCCGUGGAGCCUUGUAACCAUUCUCACUGCCUGGCAUGGAAAAUUUGGGAAGCCCCCUCAGGAAGAAGACCGAGGCCAAAUUCUUGUGGUCUGAACACACCCGCAAAAGCUUGGCUGGAGUGCCAGCCUUGGAGAGGAAAGUUGCAGAAAUUGUGAAAAACAUUGGAUUUAGUAACGUAACUUGUCCUUUCCUUUAAAAACAUCUUUUAAAAAUCUCCUUUGGAAUAAAGUCUAUU